AUGGAGGAUAUUGAAGAUUUGCUCAUCGGCAUCGGUACCGAAACUCCACCGGGAUUUCGUCCUCCAUUAGCUUCCACUACCGUCGGCUUCGGAACGACGAAGAAACAGCGCUCCUCACUCUUACCUUCACCCUCACCUUCAAUCCCUGGCACUCAGACUAUUUUCAUAAAGACAUUUGGAUGCUCUCAUAAUCAGAGUGACAGUGAAUACAUGGCUGGUCAACUUUCAGCUUUUGGUUACUUUUUGAGUGAUAAUCCUGAUGAAGCAGAUCUAUGGCUUAUUAACACUUGCACAGUAAAGUCCCCGAGUCAAUAUGCCAUGGAUACUAUCAUAACAAAAGGAAAAUCAUCAAACAAACCAUUAGUUUUUGCUGGCUGUGUCCCUCAAGGGAGUCGAGAUGCGAAAGAGCUGGAAGGUGUCGCUACUGCGAAAAUCGGCGCCGACUGA